GUCACCACUUCCGAACUGCCCAGCCAUUGUCCCAAUGCACAUCACAACAUACAUGGGUAAUCUCACCAACGGAUCCGUCCAGCUCAGUGCAGAAUCUUGCACUGCAUACGCGCCUGCCAUGGCGCUCGCGAGUCAAGACUUAUCAAGACAAUCAUGCAAGCCAUCCCAUCAAUGAAUGCGGUCCCGUCACGUCAACGUCGGUAACGAGGGAGUCAAUCAAGACGUCGAAGAACGCAUAUAUAGGCCCGUGAUACAUGCAAGGAAUCUACAUCACCUACAUCAAGCUCCUGCUCUGCCCUCGACAUGGCAGCAUCAAUUGCGGCACUGAAAGCCAGCAGCCUACCUGACCUGCAGGCCAAAGUGGUGGGAUGGAGGCAGAAGCAGCAACCAGAUCCGGGGUUCAAGACCUCCCUUACAGACAUUUCCAAUCAACUUACGAGCGGCAAUGUGCUGGAUGAAGUUGAGGGGAAAGACGUCUAUGUGGCGUUCAGAACGCGGCCCCCGCUGGAGAACGAAUUUCAGGCGAAUUUUGCGACGUUAGAGUCUGAGGAUGAAGAGAACGCUGAGGAUCCGACACGGUGGAGCGAUAAGGGUAGCGAGUCUCAUGCUCCCGAGAAGUUCACAAUAUUCUGUCCGGGCGUCACCUUGACAAGCUCCGAGCCUGGCGAGUUUGUCGCUCAUGUUCCUGGUUGGAAGUGGUCGGGCGCGACGCUUAUGCACAAACAGUUUGCGUCCGAUAUCGCUUUUGGCGCAGACGCCGACAACGAGGAGGUUUACCAGCGCACAGUGGUAGCCAACGGCCUGCUGCCACUUGCAUUGUCGGGUGGCACAGCCUGCAUCCUUGCAUACGGCCAGACCGGCACGGGGAAAACCUACACAAUGGAAGCCUUAGAGCAUCGUGUUGCCCGAGAUCUGUUCGCGGUGGGAGAUGCUGUCGGUCGUCGCCUCCACGAAGCGGAGAAGAAGACAUUUGAAACAGACGCAAAUAUGGCUGAUGGCAGCGAGAAUGAUAACAUCUUCGAGUACAACGUAACGUUCUUAGAGCUACUUGGGAAGCGUGCAGUCGAUUUGCUCGAGCCUGUGGAAGGCCUUCCCGUAGACGCGCAAGGAAACAUCUUACGCUCAGAGGUGCCGAUUAAGGAGAAUAAGGCUGGAGACUUUAAUCCGCCGCUUAUCACGAAUGCUUUCCGUUCAUCCGAGGAGCUCGAAGCGCUCAUUGCAAGAGCACUCGCGUAUCGACGCACCUCUGCAACAGCCCGUAACGCGACAUCCAGCCGCAGCCACGCUAUCUUGACAAUUAGAAUUAAGAACAAACUCCUGCCAUACGCUGAUGAAGGGCGAUUAAUACUCGUCGACCUUGCCGGAAGCGAGAGAUACGAGGACUCGAAAAUGCACGAUAAACAGCGCAUGGACGAGUCGCGGGAGAACAAUAAGAGUCUGAUGAAUCUGAAAGACUCUGUGCGAGCGAAGGCGCGGAUGGCAGACGAGGAAGGCUUCGUGCACAUUCCUUGGAGGUUGAACAAACUCACCAUGCUGUUGAAGCCAAUCUUCGACGUAGAAUCUCGCCGGGCUACAAAGACGGUCAUCAUCGCUCAUGUUUCCCCGCAUAUCCAAGAUUCAGUGCACAGCGUGAACACGCUCUCAUAUGCUGCACCCUUCAAGACAUCGCCCCCGAAGCCGCGCGGGCCUGCUCCGUACGACCCAGCAGAUCCACGAACCUGGAAUACUGCUCGUACGCGCCAAUGGUUAACGGACGAAUUCACCGUGCGCGCGAGGACCAGACAGAUCGCUGCACACAAAGUCAAAGAAAAGGCGGCAGAAAGACGCGGGAAAAAGCUCCGUCCAAUCGACCCUAAUUCCCCGGUGCAGCUUCUGGUCGAUGUUGACAAGCUGUGUCCCGAAGGCAUGACCGCAGUGCACUUUGGACGCAUGUAUACCACGCAAUUCGUCCACCGUUGUCUAGAAGAGAGAAAUUCCGGGGCAGAGAUCACUCCGGAUGUAGUGAGGAAUAUGGCCGCGGAGGUGAUUGGCUCUCUGUCGUAUCUGCUGCUCAGGGCGAAGACAAGGACGCGGAAUGAGAUCAUGAAGAGCAGGAAAGCGUUGGCGCUGGAUGCGGUGUACGGAGCCGAGCCCACGUAAUCAGCUCCAGUGAGAUCUCGAGGACUUCGAGAAGUUGUACAAUAGGUACGCAGAAUUGCAUGACGAAAGCUGCUAUGGAAUUCCCAGGUAGACGAAGACUGCACACACCGGGACUCGAUGCAUCGACCCACGGCAAUCUGGAGGCAUAAUGAUGUCAUUUGUACCUCGUGUGAAUAUAAUGCGAUAUCAUCUGUUUCGUCCGUGC